UAAUUCAAGAAAAAGUCAUCACGAUUAUUCAAAAAAACGGAAGCUUUAUAAUUUAAGAAAUCUUGCCGUUAACAAUGAACUAAGUGGCGAUGACAGUGAUGGUGGGUGUAACCAACUAUUAGAUGACCACAUGGCCACCGUAGGCAGAUUAAAUGAGCAGUUGGAUGAUAACCAGGUUGAAGAUGAAGAGAAUAUACAAAGAGAUGGAUGUAUACAUGAAAGACGAGAGGAAUUAAAUGAAGAUCAAAUUGAUGAAGAGAAUAGAAAUGACGAUAAUGAGAACGAUCUAGAAGAUGAUAGAGAAAAUGCAUCAGACGAUGGUAGAGAGAGAGUGAACCAGAAGUUGGUCGUGAAAACGAAUUAGAAGAUGGUAUAGAAAAUGCAUCAGAAGAUGGCAGUGAGAGUGAACCAGAAGGUGGUCGUGAAAACGAACUAGAAGAUGGUAGUGAAACUGAAUCAGAACAUGAUAGUGAUGAGGAAGAUGUUCAAAAUAUAAGAAAUUUUGGUUAUGAGCAACUGUUGUAUCCUGGUGCGCCAUUAACUGUUACUCAAAGUAUGACUUUAAUAUUGUCUUUACUUGUUCGGCAUAAUGUCACUCAAACUUGUUUCAGAAUGUUAAUAGCUUCAAAAACAGUCUACACAAGCUUCGUAAAUUUUUUUCUCUUUCAAAAAAAGGCAAAGUAAACAAAACCAAGCAUUUUUAUUGCGUAAAUUGUCAAAAAAAUUUAAACAAUGAAAAUGACAUAUGUGAAAACUGUGACUCCAGAAAAAAAUCCUAUUUCAUCCAAGUUCCUGUCAAAAAUCAAUUACAAGAACUAUAUAGAAGACCAGGAUUCUACGAAUGUUUGCAGGAUCGUUUUCAUGCUCGUUUAGGAGACAAUAACCGUAACAUUACUGAUGUGUACAAAGGAAACUUAUAUCAGAAAUUUAUUGAUAGCGGUUUUUUAGCUGACAGAAAUAAUAUUUCUCUCACAUGGUACACCGAUGGCGUUCCAGUUUAUAAGUCAUCGAAAGUCAGCAUGUGGCCAGUUUACCUAAGUAUUAACGAAUUACCUUUUGUAGAGCGAACAAAGCGAGAAAAUUUAUUGAUAAUUGGAUUAUGGUUUGGACAACAAAAACCAAAUGCUAAUAAUUAUUUUCAUAAAUUCUAUCACCAAUUAAAAAAAUUAUCUACUGGUAUUAAUAUUACUUUAGCUAAUGACCAAAUUAUAAAAAUCAAAGCUGUAUUACUAAUAGGAACAUGUGACCUUCCAGCGAAAUGCCGAUUUCUUAAUUUUACGUAUUACAAUGGUACUUAUGAUUGUCCAUCAUGUUUAUGGCCUGGAGAAACUUAUCGCUUGACAGACGAUGGAAGCUCCCAUACUCAUGUUUACCCAUACACGCCUGAUCCUGAGAUGCGAACUUCAGGAGCAUGUCUUAUCUUUGCAGAAGUCGCUCUAAAUAAUGAUUCUCCGCAUAUGGGUGUCAAAGGACCCUGUGCGUUGUCUAAAUUAAUGCCUAAUUUUAUUGCUGGAACUGCUAUCGAUCAAAUGCAUUGUAUUUUUGGUGGUGUAGUGAAAAAACUAUUAUCAUUGUGGAUUGAUGUUAGCAACAGAAAUGAACCAUACUCAUUGGUUGACACAUCAGAAAUAAUAAAUAGUCGGUUAAUUGCUAUCAAACCUCCCAGCUUUGUUCACCGUAUGCCUCGUACAAUCGAUGAUCUCGUACAUUGGAAAGCAUCUGAGCUCAAAAAUUGGUUUUUUUACUACUCGAUAUCAGUUAUGACGGGAAUUAUGCAACCAGAGUACUUGGAACAUUUUUCAUUGUUAGUUGCUGGAAUUUCAAUUUUAAAUUUCGAUUCAAUAACCGAUGCUAAUGUGAAUAUGACAUCUAAUCUUCUGAACAAAUUUGUACGAGAAUUCGAGCUCAAAUAUGGCUUAAAAAAUUGUUCUAUCAACAUUCAUCUGAUUUUGCAUUUGCCUCAAAGUGUACUUACACUUGGACCACUGUGGGCAAAUGACUGUUUCGGAUAUGAAGAUUUGAAUGGACAAUAUUUGAAUGCAAUCAACGGAACUCGCCACAUCGAUUCACAAAUAAUAAGAUCUCACAACCAACAGCUAAAACUUCACAGAUUUUUUGAUCAGUUACCCGAAGGAAAAAUUAAAGAUUUUUGUUUCAAACGGAAGCAAAAUAGUAAAAUUUGUGAGCAGUUGCAAGAAGGUUGUUAUACUAUUGGUACAUAUAAGACUUAUGAUGAUAAUUAUGAAAUUCCUAAUUAUGUUGAGCAAGCUGUAGAACAUUUACUGCCUGCUCGAAAAAUUGAGGGGUACUCACGCUUAUUGAAAAAUUCCAAGCUCUACGUUUCUGAACAAUAUACUCGAGCAAUCCAAACUACAUCAUCAUACAUUUUAUACAGAGAUCAUACAGGGUAUCAUUUAGGUUCAAUUUUGUGUUUUAUAAAAUUUAAUUAUUGUCAAUGUAGGAAUCGUCAUAAUUGUCUGAAUCAUCGAGUGUCUGUUCAUCAAGCUGUUAUUCAAUCACUUUCGAGUAAAAGAGUAUUUAAGACCGAAGAUGAUCAUAAUGUACAGUACGAAAUUUCUUACCUGUAUAAAUGCUUAAGGAUGAACAACUUUGUAUCAAUAUCUAUUGAUCAAUUGAUUUCUGUGUGCUUCGAAAUUAAAAUUGAAAACGAUCUAUAUAUUGCUAUACCUGUAAAUUCUAAUAAUAAUGAAUAAAGUUGAUUUCGUGCAGUAAAAUCAUAUGUACAGAAUCAUAU